UUAAGUUAGUAGUUUUGUGCAUUUGUAAUUGUCCAGCUUAAGUCAUUGUUACAUUAGUAAGUAGUAACCGGGACCAACGGCUUAACAUGCCUUCUGAAGCACCAAAUUUUUACCUGUGAUGGAGUUGUAGACAUUGGCAGUAAUGAUUGUCUCUUCUCUAUGGCGACCAGUUGCCAUACAACCAUAAAGUUGAAGUUGAAAUUGAGCACCAUGUCUGGAACAGCAGCCAGUGGCUCCGGGGUAGGCAGCACGGUGGGCGGCGGCGCGGGACAGGCGCUGGCUCUGGGCGGGCUGGGAGGCUCUCUUGAAGACAAGGACUGCGACCUGCUGUGCCCCGUGUGCUUCGAGCUCAUCGAGGAAGCCUAUGUUACCCGCUGUGGACACUCCUUCUGCUACGCCUGCAUCGCCAAGUCCGUGGAGCUGCACAGACGGUGUCCCAAGUGUGGUGCAGCGCUCGCCUCUAGGGAUCAUAUAUUUCCGAAUUUCUUGCUUAAUGAAUUGGUGGCGAAGCGUCGCCUCCGCCAGUCGUGCACGUCUCCCCCGGGCGCGGCGCCGGCGGAGGGCGCCCGCCUCAGGCAGCUGCUGGCGGCCGAGAGCAGGCACCUCGCCAUGCCCGAUGUGGACAGCAUGCUCGAUGUUCUCACCAGGAGGAAGAGGUUGCUUGAGGCGGAGUCUGCGGCGGCGCACCACCGGCUCGUGUACGAGUUCCUGGCGCAGCUGCUGCGGAACCGGCAGCAGCAGCUGGAGCAGCUGACGCGCGAGGCGGCGCUGGUGAGGGCGGACAUGGAGCACGUGGCCGGCGUGCUGCGGGACCUGCGGGCCGGCGCCGCGGGGCUGGCGCAGCUGCACGCCCGGGCGGGCGAGGCGGGCCCCGCCGGCGAGGCCGUCCGCGCGCUGCGCCAGGAGCUGGCCGACCUCAGCCACGCCGUCAGCCAGUCCGCGCACCACGACGCCGACGACGGGCUGCCGCUGCACAGUGUGAGUUCCGUGGAGGAGGAGGAGAGCUUCGCGGGCGCGGGGGGCGGCGCGGGGGACGCGCUGGCCGCGCGCUGGAGGAGGCUGGCGCAGCACUUCGACGACUUCGUGCAGUGCUACUUCGCGCACCGCGCCGACGAGCUGUACUUCCCCGGCUCCAGCGGCGCCUCGGCCGCGCCCACCCCCGCCCCCGUCACCUCCGCCACCCCCGCCCCCAGCGCCCCCGCCACCCCCGCCGGGGGCGCGCCGGGCGCCAGCGAGGACCACGUGCCGCAGGGGCCGCCCGACUGCCGGGCGCAGAGCGCCGCUGCACCAGCUCGCGGCGACCAGCGGCUGCCGGAGGGCUGCGGCGCGGCGGAGGCGCCGCCGGCGGGGUCGGGCGGGUCGCGCGGGCUGGAGGCGUUCCGCGAGGACCUGGUGGCCUUCACGCGGUACCGCGCGCUGCGGCCGCUCGCCACGCUGUCCUACUGCAGCGACGCCAUCAACUACUCCACCAUCGUGUCCACCAUCGAGUUCGACAAGGACGACGAGUUCUUCGCCAUCGCCGGCGUCACCAAGCGGAUCAAGGUGUUCGAGUUCAAGGCGGUGGUGGGCGACGCGGUGGACGUGCACUACCCGUGCGCGGAGAUGGCGUGCUCGCACAAGAUAUCGUGCGUGUCCUGGAACGCGUACCACAAGCACGUGCUCGCCUCCUCCGACUACGAGGGCACCGUGUCGGUGUGGGACGCGCACACGGCCACCCGCACGCGCGCCCUCCAGGAGCACGACAAGCGCUGCUGGUCGGUGCACUUCAACCGCUGCGACGUGCGGCUGCUGGCGUCGGGCUCCGACGACGCGCGCGUCAAGCUGUGGGCGCUCAACGCGGAGCGCUCCGUCGCCACGCUCGAGGCCAAGUUCAACGUCUGCUGCGUAAGGUUCAACCCCAAGUCGUCGUGCCACCUGGCGUUCGGGUCGGCGGACCACUGCGUGCACUACUACGACCUGCGGGCGCCGCGGGCCCCGCUGGCGGUGUUCCGCGACCAUCGGAAGGCUGUCUCCUACGUGCAGUUCCUGGACGCGCGGUCGUUGGUGUCGGCUUCCACGGACUCGCACCUCAAGCUGUGGCGGGUGGACUCCUCCAGGUGCCUCAGAUCGUUCACCGGUCACGCGAACGAGAAGAACUUCGUGGGCCUGGCGACGGACGGCAAGUACAUCGCGUGCGGCUCGGAGAACAACGCGCUUUACGUGUACUACAGCGGGCUGUCGCGGCCGCUGCUCGCGUACCGCUUCGACGCCGUCAGGGGGUUCCUGGAGCGCGAGCGCCGCGACGACGAGCCGUCGGACUUCGUGUCGGCCGUGUGCUGGCGCCGCGCGCACGACCAGCAGGUGCUGCUGGCCGCCAACAGCCAGGGGACCAUCAAGGUGCUGGAGCUGGUGUGAGCCGGGGGGCUCACACGCGGGGACUGAUGAAGUGAUGAACGAUGUGAUCGGUUAUAUGGAGAAGGGUGUAAAGUGCUGUGACUAGUUUGGAGGCAAGGGUGUGCUGUCGCCAAAGGAUGUUUUCGUGUUACCGAAGGGAGCAGUACCCCGCUAGCCACAAACUGGGAGUAUGACUAGGGAUCAACGAUCCCCUAAUGUUAUGUUGGAAGUUGUAUAUAUACGUCGCGCUGUGCAAACUUCGAUAGCGCGUUUCAGGACUGCAUUAUUGAACGGUGGCGCCAUCUGUUGCACGUGGGCGGAACUAGCUCGUUAACUAGUUAGGUGCUGUCGACUGAACUACGUAGUAUGCGUAGUGGAAGCUGUUCUGAACAGAGGAUGUUGUGAAAGCAAUGGCUGUUUGAACAACGGUGCAGCAUGCUAUAGUCUCAUAACCGCACCACAGAGUAAGCUACGUUAAAGAAGGGAAAGCCCGCCCAGCACCGAUACGUGCUUGGCGCUUGAUUUGGAGCUGAUUAAAUGGUCGAAUAAUUCUUUGUAAUUGAUUCAAAUACCCACCCAGACGACGCCCUGAGCCGAGGUUCGCGCCGAACUGAGCAUCCUCGAGGGAGUUUUCUUAAAUUUUGUACCGGGUGAAAGCCUCAGCGCUUCCUAUUUGUCCGGCCAAGUAGUUAAUUCCAACUGUAGCAGUUCUAUUAGUGACGUCAAAAAAACAGUCUGUCGGUGGAAACCCUCGAUAUAAUUGUCGUGCAGAUCCUGCAGUGGGGCUUCAGUGCGGUCUCGGUAGACCAGACCAUCAGUACUUUGUUGUGGAUAAACAAAUGUAGUUACUCGACAUGAUCUGAUGCGAUAACUCCUUGUAUACAGGGUGUUAGUGACAUCGUAACGAAAACUUUAAGGGGAAAUUCAGACCAUGAUUCCGAGUUGAUGUCAAGUGGAAUUUUCCCGCAAAAGUAUCAUCAUCAUCAUCAGCCGUACGAUGCCCACUGCUGGGCAUAGGCCUCCCCCAAAGAUCUCCACGACGAUCGGCAAAAGUAUAGAAUUGAAAAUAAUUCAAAAAACAUAAAAAGAAGAAGCGUAUCGC